AUGGCUGUUUUUCAAUCCAAGAAAUUUCGAGGUUCCGCCGACGCGGGCACUUUUGCUGCCAAAUACCGCACUCUGAUGGCCAAACAUCCCUUUCUUAUGUUUGGGCUGCCUUUUAUUUCCAUAAUCGUGGCCGGGUCAUUCGUACUGACUCCUGCCACUGCUGUUCGAUAUGAACGUCAUGACCGGAAAGUCCGACAACUCACUCGAGACGAGGAACUGGGAAUUGGCAAGGGAGGGAGGAAAGUCAAUAUUAAAGACGAAUACUACAGACUAGCUGCGAAAGACCUUGACGACUGGGAACAGAAACGCGUUAAACGACUCCCGGGAGAGAACGACGGCAUACUAUAG